CAUUGGUGCAGAGGGAACUGGGGGACCAAUGGGAAGGGGAACUACGACUCCCAGCCACGCUCGCGCCCUCAGCCGGCGGGCGGCGUGUGCGCUGCGGAGGGUAGCGCCGGCCGGGUGCUGGCGGCUCCCUGGGGGAGGGCGCGAGGUGACGUUGUCCCGGCGCCGAGGUUGGAAGCAGCGGGAGGCUUUUUUGUAGGGACUUUGGAGUGGCUCUUCUGUUCCUGAUAACUGAAAUGUACUAUGGAACAUGAUCAAGAACCUGAAGAGUGCCUUGUGCAAACCCAGAUGUACUGUGUGAAGAGACCUGUAUAUAACCAAGAAUUGUUACAAGGGCAGCUGCACAAGAAGGAAAAGACGCCUCAACCUCUUAGCCAGAAGAUAGCACACUCUUGUCGUUGUUCUUCCAAGAAAGCCAAGUCUCAUCUCUAUAGUUUUUUACCGAUUUUAAAAUGGCUUCCCCGUUAUCCAGUGAAAGCGUAUUUGUUAGGAGACAUAGUCUCUGGUAUAAGCACUGGGGUUAUGCAGCUUCCUCAAGGGUUAGCUUACGCUUUGCUGGCAGCUGUUCCCCCGGUAUUUGGCUUAUAUUCUUCAUUUUAUCCUGUUUUUCUAUAUACAUUUUUUGGGACCUCCAGACACAUAUCAAUAGGCACGUUUGCAGUGAUUAGUCUGAUGAUUGGUGGAGUUGCUGUCAGAGAAGCUCCUGAUGAAAUGUUUAAUAUUAUGGAAUCUAAUUCCACCAAUAGCACUGAUCUCCUUGAAAACUAUAAAGCCAGAGAUUCCAUGAGGGUAAAGGUAGCCGUGGCAGUCACCUUACUUUCAGGGAUCAUACAGUUGUCUUUAGGUCUCCUUCGAUUUGGUUUUGUAGCCAUCUAUCUAACGGAGCCACUGGUACGAGGGUUCACUACUGCAGCAGCAGUUCACGUCUUUACCUCCCAGUUAAAGUACUUGCUUGGAAUCAAGACAAAACGCUACAGUGGAGCCCUUUCAGUUCUAUAUAGUUUAAUUGCUGUACUUUCAAAUAUCACAAAAACCAACAUAGCAUCCUUAGUUGUUGGAUUAACAUGUAUUGUUUUGCUGCUGAGUGGCAAAGAAAUUAAUGACCGGUUUAAGAAGAAACUGCCAGCUCCUAUUCCUAUGGAAAUCAUUGUGGUAAUAAUAGCUACUGGAGUUUCAGCUGGAAUGAAUCUGUCCAGUACAUAUGAAGUGGAUGUUGUUGGGCAUAUCCCUACAGGAUUACUUGCUCCCACGGGACCUGAUAUAACUCUCAUCCCAGCAGUAUUUAUAGAUGCAUUAGCAAUAGCAAUUGUUGGCUUUUCCAUGACUAUAUCAAUGGCCAAAAUCUUUGCACUUAAACAUGGGUACACUAUUGAUGGAAAUCAGGAACUUAUUGCCUUGGGAAUAUGUAAUUCUGCAGGAUCCUUCUUCCAAACCUUUGCAGUCACUUGCUCAAUGUCUCGGAGUCUUGUUCAAGAGAGUACUGGCGGGAAAACUCAGAUUGCAGGUACGCUAUCCUCAAUCAUGGUUCUGUUAGUCAUUGUGGCUAUUGGUUACCUCUUUGAACCCCUACCACAGACUGUGUUAGCUGCUAUCGUAAUGGUGAAUCUGAAAGGAAUGUUUAAACAGUUUGGGGAUAUAACACAUUUCUGGAAAACAAGUAAGAUUGAAUUGGCCAUCUGGGUUGUUGCUUUUGUUGCCUCUGUUUUCCUGGGACUGGACUAUGGCUUGCUUACUGCUGUGGCAUUUGCAGUGAUAACCGUUAUUUACAGAACACAAAGGCCACAGUACAGAAUCCUGGGUCAAAUUCCUAACACGGAUAUUUAUUGUGAUGUGGAAGAGUAUGAAGAGGUAAAAGAAUAUCCUGGAAUAAAAAUAUUUCAGGCCAAUGCCUCCCUCUAUUUUGCCAAUAGUGAAUUGUAUGCAAAUGCGCUGAAGAAAAAGACUGGAGUUGAUCCAUGUGCUAUAUUGGCAGCAAAAAAAAAAGCCCAGAAAAGGCAUGCCAAGGAACUGAAGCAGACAAAUGAACACAGAAAGAAAACCGUUUUGAAGCUUACUAAUGACAUGGAAACAAGCGUAAAGCACGAGGUUCUAAAUGAUGAACUACCCCUAAAUGGAAAAUCUGCUGAUGCUAAUGCACAAGGCACAUCUCCUGAUGAACUAGAACACUUUAUGGAGCCCAUGACAAAUGUUCACUGUAUAAUUUUGGACUUUACACCAGUGAACUUUGUAGAUUCAGUUGGAGCAAAAAAGUUAAAAUCAGUUAUAAAAGAAUAUGAAGAAGUUGGUGUGUGUCUUUGUAUAGCUGGCUGUAGUGGCCCUGUUGUGGAUGACCUAACACGACUCAAUUUUUUUGAAAAAUCUACCAGAAACUUGCUGUUUCACACCGUUCAUGAUGCUGUUCUCUCCUGCCAGCUGAAGAUUGUGUCUGUUCCACAGACUGCCUCAGAUAUCUGUUAGUUCUUCAGAGUCACACAUGAAGAACUGAAAUCUCAUAAUUCCUGAGAAAGGGACACUCUUCCACCACUUAAUUUGCACAGUAUAAACGGAGCCUAAGACUAUUCGUGUCUACGGAUAUAGAGGCAGGGUAGUUUAUUUGCUACAGGAAUAAUGGGACAGUUUGCUGCCUUAAGGAAGAGCACAGUUCAAGUAUUAUCUGAAUCCAGGUGUAAUUUAAGACAACAUGCAAUUUUCUUUGAAAAUAAUGUUUUUUACAGUGGACAGGCUAGUAGAGCAUCCUGGUGGGGAUGGGGGUUAAGCUUAAAUACAUGGCAUUGGAGAAUAUUGCACUAAGCUGUAUAUUAGUUCACUUUGGAUAAAAUAUUGAAACACUUGGAGUGCAGUAAAUGGGCAAAUUGAGGUCACAUAGUUUACAGCAAAGUGCGAACUUGCAGAAAAUACCUUUUCUGCAAUUGCCAAUGCAAUGAAGUAUACCAACCAUUGUCUUAAAUGGUUUUCUUAUAUUCAAAAACUGCCACCAGUUUUGUACAUAGAAUAGAUUCUUGUUCAAAACAACGCCUCUCAUAGCUGGAUUUCUGACAUUUCAUCUUGGUAUCACUAACUGCUGUUUUCUUAAGCUGGAUGGUAGACUGUUCCUAUUUUUAUAUUUAACCUCUCAACAUUCUCCUCAUUUUGGUUGAAUUUCAAACAAAUAUACUUGUACAUUAUUCCUACUACACAAUUCUAGUGCUACAGUUGAGUCAUACCUAUUAGAAAAUAGCAAAGAAUUACCAAGAAGUAAAUGGUUGAGAAUAAUCUUGGUUAAAUGGGGUGUGACUUCUACAGUCUCUUUUUAAAUUUCUACAGGCAAAUAGGCAAGGCCUAAAAUAAAAUUAGAUGUAGAUGAUUGAAUAGGUCUCUUCCAUGCCAUAGUGCUGCCAGUCCCUGAGCAUGCUUUUAAAUGCUUUGCAAUAGCAAGUUUUCAUUGAUUUAAGUAUACAAAACUUAAAGCAUUUGAACUUCUUCAAAUUUAAAUAUUCUCUGAUGCUGUCAGAGCUCUGUCCUUGCUUAAAGUGGAACUCCUAUUCUCUUUACAAUUUUCACUUCAGCUACUGCAAUUAAAAUGAAACCUAGUAGAAAGUUUUAACCCAGGUAGUUACAGUCCAUUUUUUUCAGUUAGCAUUAAUUGAAGGGUCAUUUUAUGAUUAUCAAAGGUUCUGGGCUGUUGGUCAUACUGCUCAGGGUAGAAGAGGAGGUUAAAGCCUUGCCUUUAAUCCAUUAGCAGUCCAGAUAGGCAGAGAUGGCAUCAGCAAGGAAACCAUGACUGGAAUUAAAAAGGAUUAAGUGAAUGUACUUAAUGUAUCACAGGAACAUUUUUAUUCUAGUGCCAAGGUAAAUUUUGUGAUAAUCUAGAUUAACAGUCCUUUUGUAUCAACAUGCAGUAUAUUUUUUAGCUGUACAGUUUUUUAGUUAAUGUCAAAAUGUUCUGUCUUCAACUUCCUAAAUAAAGAGGGGUUCAACUGACUGGUUUUUUUUUAAAAUCCUGAAGCACUGCUUUAGGAAAUGAAAUUCUUUAAUGUAUGAGCUAAUGCCCAUGGUUUUCAAAAGUGACUCAUGACAUUUGACAAUGGAAGAUCAGUUAUCUUUAACAAGUAUCAAUUUGGGUGCUCAGAGCUCUAAUUACUUUGGAAAAUCUGGACCAGAAUUUUAAGAAGCUAUAAAGUUUAGCUCCACCUUUUUUUGAAAGGAUAAGAGAUUGCAGGAGAUACAUAACCUAAAAUAUGUCCCAAAUAAAACUGAUAGAAAAGGAUACUAACUCUGCUUGCUUUUGUCUGUCUGGUUACUGUGGUUGCUGCUGUGACUGUGAUGCUGCUUUCUCUUAGACACAAGGGCUGUGUCUACGCUGGCAAGUUA